UGCCCAGCCGAGUAAAAACUUUGUAGUGUCUACAUUCAUUCAUGGUGAUUCUGAAGAAGACUUUUGUUUUAUAACGUUCAUUCCUCGAAGUUAAGUUAAGUUAAGUCGCUGCAUCAAAAGAGGGAGAGCAAUGGCAGAAGCGUCAAGCAGUAGUUUUGAAAGUUCUACCAGUACCAGUACAAGCAACCCUGAGGCUGAGGGCAGAUCAAGACCUCCUGAUGAGGCUCCAAAACUUGAGUUGGCUGAACAACAACAUCAACAUCAAUCUACCGAGUCUGGCAUUGGGGAUGAGGUUAGUUUUUCAUUUCCCCAUUCUGCUUCCGAUGAUCAUAUUGAAACUCUGUUCCAUGCUUUUUCUGUUGACAAUUCGUGCAAAACUUUGAAACCCAUUAAUGUCGAAGGAGCCAGCAAUGGUGUCCUAUUUGAAAACCAAUCACUUUCCAGCUCUUCAGAAGGUGAUGAUUUCGUACCCGUCAAAGCUUCAGACGAUGUUCUUGUCGACCUGGACGGCAUUGAUCUGCCAUCACUAAAUGCAAUGAGCAAUUCCCCUGCCAAGUCCUUUGUACGAGUGGAACAAGUGCAGCCUGCGUUUUACAGUGAUAUAUGCCAGGAAAAUGAGAGAAUACUCAGAAAAACUGCAUCUGUGAGUAAAAAUCCUAAAAUGACCGACUAUCUCCUGCGGAAGAAUCAAACUAUAGACAAUGAACUGUGUAACGUCGAACAGCAUCUAAAAAAAAGAAAUGAGGACUUGCAACUCCAACUACACUUACAGGAAAAGGAGGUUGAAUCAUUAAAAAAUGACUUGGAAUCAUUAAGAAAUGAGUUGGAUGAAACGAAGCGUGAGAACAAAUUUCUUCGAGGAAUGCUGGAGUGGGAAAUACGAAAGGGAGUGAGUGAAAUGGACACCAAAAAUCACGAGAAAACUCGCUUGAGAAUGAAACAACCUAAUCUGAGAAAAUUGAAUGAUCCAAAAAAUCAAUUGGCAAAAGCUGAGCAAAAGUUUGAGUCAUGUCAACAACAAAUCCGAGAACUUAAAGGUGAAAAUGCAGAGCUUCAUGCACGAAAUGCUGUGAAUGAGGCUGAAGCUGUAAGACUUGAGAAAGAAAAAACUGCUGCUAUUAAAGAAAUGGAGGAGGAACUUCAAGCACUGGUUAGCACCCUCCAUCAAUUGAUCGAGGAAAGAGUUGAUUCUAUUCACUCGCAUUUAUGCAGUGUGAGCAAAACGUACGCCCUGCACUAUCCAAAGACAAGAACUGGAUCAUUUGCUGCACUCCACCUCGAAACUAGUAGUUUGUCACUGAAUAGAGUGAGCUCAAGUGCACAACCGUCUAUGAAAGGCAAACCUGAGAGCUCCUCAAUGCCAGUUGGAGCUGAUGUAACUCAAUUUGCUUGUCCAGAUCUUGCUAGUGUUUCUGGUCUUGAGCUCUGCACAAUUGAAGAAAAGAAAAGUUCAGUCCUAGAGCUAAGUAUGGAGUCUGAAAUACCACCACACGACCUGGUUUCUUUGGCUUCUUAUUUCGACAAUGUUGACCUUCUUGUUGGUUUGUUACCACUCAGCGCUGCUGUUGUGUCAGAUGUAGUGAAUAAAAAACAUUCACAUACUACACAAAGUGCAGUACAUUAUGGUUUAUUGAGUUGGGGAAGAAUAAAACCUGAGGAGGUAACGUUUCAAGCACUUAUAGACAUUGCUCACAAGCUGACAAGAGAGGACAUAGUUAGAAACAUUAAAGAAUACUUCUAUAAAAACUAUCGCAACAUGUGAUUUUUUUCCUCUUCUUACAUGCACCGUUGUAGUUAUCUGUUUGUACGCACACUAGAUCCCCUUUUAUAUCUAGAGAAUUAUAAUUAUUAUUUGA